UCUUCCCUUCUUGGAUUUCCUUUUCCUCGAGCUCUGCAUAAGCUGAAACGGAAGCCGAAACGGAAGCCAAAACACACUAAUAAUGCCGGCGUGUUUCACGGACUACCUUAGCUUAUGCAGAUCUAUUGCUGCAAUUGGUUACUUUUUCCUGUUCCUCUUCUCUUUCUUCAUCACCAUUUCCGCUGCUUGUUUUAAUGGAAACUGCCAGGUUCUUGACUCGUGUUCCCAGGCUACAGAUUGUGGUCCAGGUCUUUAUUGUGGGAACUGCCCAACUUUGGGCAAGACUCAACCUUUUUGUACCAGAGGCCAAGCUAUCAUACCCACUUCUGUUAUUGGUGGAUUGCCUUUCAACAAAUAUUCAUGGUUGAUGACUCACAAUUCCUUCAGCAUAGUGGAUGCACCAUCUCUGCAAGGUGUUCAAAGACUGACAUUUUACAAUCAAGAAGACACUGUUACUAAUCAAUUGAUGAAUGGAGUGAGGGGACUGAUGUUGGACAUGUACGAUUUUAACGGCGAAAUUUGGCUAUGUCAUUCAUUCAGGGGACAAUGCUUCAACUUCACUGCCUUUCAACCUGCAAUUAACACCUUGAGGGAAGUGGAGGCAUUCUUGAGUCAGAAUCCAUCAGAGAUUGUAACCAUUAUAAUCGAGGACUAUGUGCAUACACCAAAAGGAUUGAGUAACCUUUUCACGAGUGCCGGUCUGGACAAGUAUUGGUUUCCGGUCUCAAAGAUGCCAAAAAAGGGUGAAGAUUGGCCUACUGUGAAUGAAAUGGUGCAAGCAAAUCACAGGCUUCUGGUUUUCACCUCGGUUGCUUCUAAGGAAGCGGAGGAAGGAAUUGCUUACCAGUGGAAGUACAUAUUAGAAAAUGAAGGUAAUGGUUAUAUACGUAUGAUGCUUCUUUCUAGGUUCAUAUUUUGUACUCGCUACCGACUAUUGAGUAAACAGUUUAAUGGUAUUUUGGUUUCAGCUGGAGAUCCCGGGGUAAAGCCAGGCUCAUGCCCAAAAAGAAAAGAAUCACGGCCGCUUAAUUCAAAAAGAGUCUCUCUUUUCCUUAUGAAUUACUUUCCAACUUACCCGGUUGAGAAUGAAGCUUGCAAAGAACAUUCAGCACCCCUUGCUGACAUGAUUGGCACCUGCUUCAAAGCAGCAGGGAGUAUGCUGCCAAACUUCAUAGCAGUCAAUUUUUACAUGAGGAGUGACGGAGGUGGUGUUUUCUAUGAUUUGGAUAGCAUGAAUGGUCAAAGAUUAUGUGGAUGUAAUACUAUUGCAGCCUGUCAGGCAGGAGCACCAUUUGGAUCUUGCAAGAACAUUUCUAUGCCUUCUUCAAGUCCAAUGACCAGCACCGGAGGAAGCUUUUCCGGAUCCGUUCAGUUCUCAAAAUCUGCUUCGGCAGUCAGUUAUCCUAAUCGCUUUGUCGUCGGGUUAUUUUCUAUUCCAUGUAUGUUGUUUUUGUUGUGACUAAAAUAAACAACUCUCAGGAUAGCUUUUAUAGUUUUACGAGGACUUAUAAUAUGUCAGAUUUUUCGCGUCAAGGCUUAGUAUACAGCACCCUGCCUUAUUAGGUGGAAUGUCAAGGAAUGCUUGUUAGAGUCGUUACAAUUUGAUUAUAAAUCAAAGACCUCUCGUGAUUCGUAGCAAAAUUAAAUGGUUGUAUGAGAGCCUGAGUUAGGAAGUGUUCAAAGAGAGAGCCUUGCAAUGUAAUGAAUAGUAGUUAAUAUAUGCAAUUUGGUACACUAUAGUAUGAUUUCCUUUAACAAU